ACGUUAUCGAAUUCUGCGGGGUUCCUGGGGAAUAACCAUCGGACGUCAUUGCCCAGCACUUAUAUAAGCACGCUGCAGAACACAUUCAGCAUCAUCUCACAAAAGAAACAAAACAUCAACUCGUAAGCAGUAGUGUGUUUAUUUACUGUUCACAAAAUAUAACUGUUAUCAGACAGCCGAUUUGUUGUAACGGACUCGCCUUGGUAACGAAUUUCUUGUCCUAAGAAGAAAUCACAUAAGUAUCAUCAAAAUGCCAUACAUGCCUCAAGUUAAGCACGGCGAAGUGAUUCGCGACGACCGUCAUUCCCACACCGGUCUUAAGAUUUCGGACCGGGCCGACACUCGUGGAUGGGGAGACGUAAAGCACGAACGCGAGUUUGAAGAGCUCGCCGAACGGGAUGCAGAAACAGACCAAAGACGCGACACCGAAGAAGUGCAAAAGGAACCUGAACUCCUUCCUCCUCAGUAGACUACUCGCCGAAACGCGUCGCGUUUCGCAUAAAUGGUCCCUCACUAAUGACGACACUAGCGACGCUCGUGGGGGCAAUUCAUGCUUCUAUGGGCGUCUCUACAAGCAUCGCCACGAUCAGUGGCGCAAGCAUUUGUAAUAACGAAUAAUGAUUUUGCAUCUGACGGUA